AUGCUGAUACAAGAGAGCUUCAAAGAUGUGCCCACCAAGGCGGACGGCGAGGGGACCAUGCGCAUCUUCAUCUUCCACCCCACAAUAGCAGGCUACCCACAGGCAAAGUUCCCCGGCGUCGUCCUGUUCAGUGAAAUCUACCAAGUAACCGGCCCCGUCUCCCGCUUCGCGCGCCAGAUCGCCGGCCAAGGCUACAUCGUCGCGGCCCCGUCCUCGUACCACGAAUUCACCGGCCCGGAGCCCCUCGCAUACGAUGUCCCCGGCACCGACGCGGGCAAUGAGUGGAAGAUCACCAAGAAGGUUUCCGCGUACGACGAGGACGCACAGCUCGCCGUCACGGCCCUCCUGGGCCUCAAGACGUGCAACGGCCGCGUCGGCGCCACGGGCAUGUGCUUGGGAGGCCACCUGGCCUACCGGUGCGCGCUGGACCACCGCGUCAGCGCCGCCGUGUGCUACUUUGCCACCGACAUCCACAGCCACAGUCUAGGGCAGGGGAAGCAGGAUGACAGUCUGCAGCGCGCGGGGGACGUGAAGGGGGAGUUGGUGAUGAUUUUUGGCAAGAGCGAUAAUCACGUGCCGCCUGAGGGGAGGGAUCUGAUUCGGAAGACGCUGCAUGACAAAGGGGUGCUGUUUAGUUGGUAUGAGGUGUUUGGCGCGCAGCAUGCGUUUAUCAGGGAUGAGCUGAGUAAGGGGCGGUAUGACCCGGCCAUCACCAAGGUGUGCUUUGAGAUGCUGCUGGAGGUAUUUGAAAGGAGGUUGAAGGUCGAUCUGGGGGAGCCCAGUGGCGAGAAGUUGGUGGUGGAGGAUGUGUGUUGA